AUGUCGAAACCUGUUCGUUCGUCAAACAGAAUAAAAGGUCGAGGUAAAGCUAGUCGAGAGGAACCUGGUCCUCCUAGUCAUCUAGCUUCGUCGAACUCGACCCCAUUGGAAGCAAACAAACCUGCUAGCGGAAAAGCCACUCAGUCUUCGAAGAAGAAGAAGAAUAAUACUAAACCAACUAAAAUUUCGGGAAGUGGUAUCCCUGCUGACCCCGUGAAGCAGCAAGAAGCCAGUUUCAUGAGCCAAGAUGUUAAAAGGUCCCAGUCUAUCCCAAUCAAGCGUGAGGAGCCCUCCCCAGCUCCAACGUCUGCCAUCGCUGGCGAAGGCCCCCCGUGGUUUGACUACCGAGAUCCUCCUGCCUCUGUCGUGAGCCCUAUGAGACAAACUCGGCCAGAGGACAUGUCCCAAACUCAAUUGGACUAUCUCUUGAAGCUCUCUCAACACUCACCAUCUGCCCCCCCUCCUCAUUUCUACCAACAACCACCUGGACUACCAUUCAGUAUCAAUCCUCUAACCACCCCAUCAGCACCAGAAGGUAAUUUAGAAGAGAAACAUCAAGAACUAAUGGCCAACCAUCGGAAGGUAGCGGGUCGCCAAACCUCCUUUGCCGCUCUCGGCGGGGAGGUCAGAGACCUUCGUCUUUCGGGGGACCGAGUCGCGACCACCAUAGCAGCGACUCAGAAGAGAAAGAGGCUCGGUAGCCAGCCUCAACGUGAGUCUCCGCAAGUCCCCAAAGCGGAGCCAACUUUGAAGGAGGUCCCCAAUCCCUUGGACUGUGAGAUGGCCAAGGAGAGGGCUCGGAGGGGACAGUUCGCUGUCCACUCCGAGCUCUCUGCUGGUGGGAUCCUCCAAUCCCAAUUGGGCUCCUGCAAGGAGCUCUUGGAAGACCUAGGUAAGAUCCUAGGCAAACUACCCGUGGCCAGGCAAGAUCCACACGCCAAAGAUAUCCAGGAGGAUAUCAAAAAGUUCUUGUCCUGUGGCAUCGACGGGGGAGGAAUCGUUGGAUUCCUCGGGGAGGCUGGAGUGGGAAAGUCCACCCUCCUCAAUGCCUUGCUCGACAUCGAGGAUUUUCUGCCCAUUGAGGAAUACGGCAAAUUUAUGCCAAUAGUCCUCGAAUUUGCGAAGAGCGGGCCAGGGCUUGGGCCCUUCACCAUGGACGUCAAAUACGUCACAAAGGCCCAGCUCGAGGAGGAUGCAGAGAUCCUCUUUAGAGAGAUCUACGUCGAGGGGGCGAAGCUUCAGAGGCCUAAUACGAGAGAGGCCAAAUCAAUACAGAGGAGACUCAACCAUUUGUUUCCUGAUGCAAGUUGGAGCUCUGUCUCAGAAGCUCAUGAAGAUAUCAGCAAACUUUUCGCCGAGGACGAGUCCCUCCAACGAGAAGAUGGCAUCAUCCAUGCCAUGGAUCGAAGGGCCUGCGUAGAGCAGCUCCGAGAUCUUACUGUCAGUUUCAGUAACGAUAGGCCAACCGAACCGGAAAGGUGGCCUCUUAUCGACAAGAUUCGGGUCUAUCUUGAUUCCGAGAUCCUGAACACCGGAGCUAUCAUUGCAGAUAUUCCAGGAAUUGACAAGGAAGGCACCCGCGUCAAAGCCAUGCAAGAAUAUCUCUCUGGUGUUCAAGAUAUCAUCAUCGUGACCAAAUUGGAAUACAUCUUCGUCGAUGAUGUCGAUGCUCUAAAGAAGCUCGGUUACGAGGGUGUAACCUUGCUGGAUGGUCGCUCGAGAGGCGUACUCGUUACGAAUCACUUGGAUGAAUACACUAACGCUAAAGCCAAAGCCCUUUUCAAAAAGAACGUACCUUUCAAGGCCAGGAUUGAACAAGCUGAGAAGGAUCUCCUGCAUAUUCAGGGACAAAUUUCUGGCAGCAACCGCGGGGAGCGUAAAACCAAGGCUGAGAUGAUUUCUCUCGCCCAAAAGCACGAAAAAACACUAGAACAGAUCUGCUCCUCAAUUUUAGAUGACUUCAUUGAACCACAGGCCACUGUAACUUUCGGAAGCACAAUCUCAACCGAUGAUAUCACCUGGCAAGUUUUCAGAGUCGAUCCAAUUGCCUACGCCAAAACAAAGAAGGAUGGCACCUUUCUCGCCCACCUUUAUGACAACAUGAACAUCCAGCAGAUGGUCGAGCUACAAGACUACAUCGGCGCAUUGACCUAUCCUAGACAAUUUCGUCUUGCAGUAUCCAGGUUCAAACAAGCACAGAGCAUUAUCGCGAAUUUGAUAUUUUGGUGCUCAUCCGAAGUCAAGCUUCCGCCGGCCAUACGAUCAUCUCUGGAGAAGACCCUUCUCCAGGAAGUAUCCGACCUGGAAGAGCAAAUGGAUAUUGUUAAAUUUGAGAUCGCUGAAACCAUCUCUGAAUCAUUGGCGGGGGUCUAUGCCCAUACAGAGAUCGCGGUAUAUGAAGCCACAGAAAAGGCUCAAAAGAAGAUUGUCAAUACAACUGCAAAUCUGAACACCGUGAGGGCCGUCUGUAAAGGAGGAGGCGAAAUUGGAGAUACCAACUGGAACUCCUAUAUCCUUGAAGAAGUCAGAGAGAAGAUGUGUGAUGCCUGGAAGGGGACUAUCACAUUCACCGUCCAGAUGAUGAACACUUUCCAAGCAAAAUACUUCGAAACAAUCGAGUCCAUAGAAUCCCGCCUCGAGGAAUUCAUUAAUAAUCAAAACGUCGACAACACUAUGAAAGCUGCCUUCAAAAACUUGAUUGCGAAGGAACUUCAGAAUAGUCGCUCACACAUGGUUGAAAUAUGCCGUGACAACGUCAGAGUCAUCCAUAAUAUGUUCAGGCAUGGAGCCCGCACUUUCCUUCGGCCCGAUACACUCAAGGAGUUAAUGUAG